AUGGGACCGUAUCAUACAUGGAAAAAGGAGUUCAUGUUGGAUCGAUGUUGUAACGAAAAGCGACUAUCUCAAAGAGGAUACGGUAACGUGGUCCCCAGCACGGACGUUGGCAAACUGGUCUGUAUAGCAUACUGUGUGAUUGGAAUCCCAUUGAUAUUCCUAGUACUCUCCAAUAAUGGUCAAUUCGUUGUUGAUGCUUACUGGAUCAUACGGAGAAGCUGCGGAAGCAAGGAAAAUGUCGUCUCCAAAGGGCCUGCCUCUAUGGCUGUCUGUUAUGCUGCUCUGCUUGCACUCACUUCUAGGAGGCCUUAUCUUCAGCACUCUGAUGGUCUAGAUCCGAUCUUUGAUGCUGUAAUAUGCUGUUUCAUCUCAGUGUCCACGAUUGGCUAUGGUGACUUGGUUCCCGUUCCAGAUACAUGGGGCCAUACCGUGGCAAUUAUAGCGUUCCUCUCAGCAGGAGUAGUUAUUCUUUCAACUUUAUUCGAGAGAUUUGGAUGUUAUCUGCAGUAUGUACACUACAUUGGACAGUAA